ACACGGAAGAGCAGGUGCAGCACCGAGCCUCAGCAACAUCUCUUCAGCCGUGUUCAGGCCCGCGGAACCACAGCCUGUAAUCCUGCAGCGUGAGAGUCCGGAGGGCCGCGGACAUGACCCUGAACCAGAACCACUCGGAGUCCGGAGGAGUCAUCAUCAACAACAGUGAAAGUGUGUUGAUGAACCAUGACAACGUGGAGCUGGUCUUCUGUGAUGUGGACAGUUUGCCUGAAGCCUUCAAAAAGAGCAAGAAGGGAAGCAUCUACCUGACUCCAUACAGGGUGAUCUUCCUGGCUAAAGGCCACGAUGCUCUGCAGUCGUUCAUGAUGCCCUUCUACCUGAUGAAGGGCUGUGAGGUCAAACAACCUGUGCUGGGAGCCAAUUACAUCAAAGGCAGCAUCACUGCAGAGCCUGGAGGUGGCUGGGAGGGCGGGGCUACCUUCAAGCUUGUGUUUGCUGCAGGAGGAGCCAUAGAGUUCGGACAGUACAUGCUGCAGGUGGCCGCUCAGGCAUCCAGAGGUCAGCCGGUGACCCCUGGGUUCGGUGGAUGCCCCUACCUGGCCAACGGAGCCUAUGCCUGCCCCCCUCCCCCGACUAAUGGGAUGUACCCGUCUGGAGCUCCACCUGGAUACUCCUACCCCAACCCUCCCCCUCCAGGUGGAUUCUACCCCAGCCUGCCAGUGUUCGAUGCCUCCGCCGCUGCCUACAUCCCCCCACCUCCAUACUCUGCUCCUCUGGGCCAGCAGCCGCCACAUGACCCAGACCUGCCGUCCUCAGCAGCAGCUGAGGCCAAAGCAGCUGAGGCAGCAGCUAGUGCCAGCUGUGCCACGCUGCCUCCUACACAUGUGUACCUGCCACAGGACAAACCUCCUCCCUACUCCCCCCCAGAGGACAAGAAGAACCAGUAGACCUGCUGACCCUCAGUCCUCCGUCUCCUCAGUCCUGCUGGAUCACCCGUUUCACCAAGACGCUUUUUAACAUCCUCCCUCUUUCUCGUCUUCUUAUUCCUCCUCCUCUCAUUCCAUCUCUCUCACCUUAUUCAAACUUUUUUUCAUUCCUGUUAAUAAAUAUAUUGUAAUCUCCCUCCUCCUCCUCUUCCUCCUGCCCCUGAUGAAGUGUCAUUAGAAACCUGACAGAGACCAGGAAGGGUGUGUUCAGGGUGUGUGGGUCUUCUCAGUGCAGUGGAGGGAAUUUCAGUAACCUUCAUCAUCCUCCUCCUCAGCCCUUCUUCUACUGACUGGACUCAGCCUGAUGUUGAUCACUGUGUUAACUAAUGCUUUAUUUUUCUAUCAUUAGUCUACAGGACUUUAAAAUGAGGGGAGGGGUCUGCUGGUCUGGUCUGCUGGGACAUGCUGUAGUGGAUGAGAGGACCAGAUAAUAGCAGUGUCAGGCCCCAGCAGUGAAUCCUCAUCCUGGAUUAGAGCAGAGAAGGGGGGGGGGUACUGCCAGGAGGGAUUAUCUUUACAAGAGCAGAGCAGUGAUGUCACUUCCUGUUUUUUUGCCUGCUUCACCUUUUAGUCUCUUCACACAGAUUCAAACGUCAGACCUGGACCAUGAGUCUGUGUGAGACUCUGAGGUCCUGGUCUGGGUCUGAUCUGGACUCUUCCUUCUGUUCCUGUAUCUGGUCUCUGCUCUUUCACGGCUGCUGUUCGCUCUGUCAUGGCUCUGUAUUAUAACGACGAUGACGAUGAUGAUGAAGCUCUGUAUUUAUUUCAAACUAAUUUAUUGACAAAUUAAUGUAAAUGUUUGAAGUGAGAAAACAAAGCAUGAUCACAUGACUGAUCACAUGACUGAUGCAUGAUGAGUUGGAUUUUAUUAAAUGAUUCAUGUGGAAA